AUGACCGGGGGUACCAAGGAGUCUCGCAUUGUCCUCAUCACCGGCUGUUCAGAUGGCGGCAUGGGUGCAGCUCUCGCGGAGGCCCUACACAAAGCCGGCCUUACUGUCUACGCAACAGCACGAGACCCUGCUAAGAUGAAGAGUUUGUCAUCUCUGGAAAUCGUAACUUUGCAGCUCGACGUGGAGUCGGAGACGUCUAUAGCUGCUUGUGUGAAGCAGGUCCCAGAACUCGACAUCCUGAUCAACAACGCAGGCCAGAACUUUCUCAUGCCUGUGGCAGAUAUCAGCAUUGCUGAGGCCAAGAAGAUCUAUGAUAUCAACGUCUGGGCGCACAUAGCAGUCACACAGGCAUUUCUGCCCCUUCUCCUGAAGAGCAAGGGCCCAGGCAUGAUCGUCAAUCAGACAUCGAUCGGCGGCGUAUCGACGAUACCUUUCCGAGCAGUCUAUCACUCGGCCAAGGCUGCAUUCAUCAUGAUCUCGGACACAAUGCGGCUGGAGCUUCAGCCAUUCGGCAUCAAGGUUAUCGACCUUCGUACGGGACUCAUCAAGACCAACCUCAUUGGCAACAUACAACAAACGAAACGGACUGAGCUCCCGAAAGGAUCCAUCUUCGAGCCGGCAAGGGAUCUAGUAGAGAGAGAGCUAACACAAAAGGACCAUGAGGAGGAGGGGACAGACCCGUCGGAAUGGGCCCAGUCCGUUGUGGGAGAGCUGCUAAAGCCCAACCCUUCUCCUGUCAUUUGGAAAGGAGAGAAGGCGUUGCUAUCACGCAUUGCGGCUGUCGCUCCAUUUGGGACAUUUGAUGGCUUUGUCCGGAAAUUGAGUGGAUUUGACAAGGUCGAACAGCGUCUGAGAGAGCAAGAGACAGGUUGA